AUGCACACACGAACGAUUUGCUCUGUAAUAUACAAAAGCCUACAGACGAGCCGUUGCGGUGAUCGACAAUGUAUCCGUAGCCCAGCACCGACUCGACUGAUGGGAGCUGCUCGCUCGGGCUUGCGGCAGCGCUCGCGCAGCAGUCGGCACGCAGCAGAGCCAAAGGCAGGCUUGCCAACACGCACCCCCUUCCAUUCGCUCAGGAGCGGAACUGGAGUCAUGUGUGCCCACGACACUGACACCACAAUGACGCGAUUAAAUCAUAUCGCUCUAUUAUGCACAUUGUUAAUACUUCGGUCGGACAUCGCACACUGCAACGAGCCAAAAGUGGUGCAACUCAACGUGUUAUUCAGGCACGGUGAUCGAGCUCCCGAAACUUUUCCCAAGAGGUUUCCCAACGACCCCCAUAUGCACCAUACCUUCUACCCAAUGGGCUCCGGUGGCCUAUUAAAUACAGGAAAGCGAAGGAUGUAUCAAUUUGGUCAGAUACUGCGAAACAAUUAUUCGAAGUUGCUGGGUACAGAAUACUGGCAUGAAAAUAUUUAUGCCAUCAGUUCGGACACGCCAAGGACGAAGAUGUCAUUGCAAUUGGUACUAGCAGCCCUGUAUCCUCCGUCUUUGUCGUCGAACAGGUGGAACGAUAAGUUGGACUGGCAACCUAUCCCGAUUGUAUACAAAGAAUUAAAGGAUAGUUUACUGUUUGACGGAGACAGAUGCGAAUGGUACAUAGAAGAAUUAAAGAAGGUUUACAAUUCAACGGAAAUACAAAUUACAUUCAGAGAAUACGAAACUUACCUCAAAGAGUUAAGGCUGAUCGUGGGCAAGAAAUCUGACAUUACUCUCAACGACAUUCUUCUUUUACAUAACAAUUUGGAUAUCGAACAUAGAAUGAACUUGACAAUGGAAGCAUGGAUGCUCAGCGUAUUAGCCGACAAGAGAUUGAUUCAAUUGAGACAACUGUAUUACGUAAUUGGAAAUUACAACAGGAUGCUACAGAGAUUACAAGCAGGGACGCUAAUGCGUCAAAUCACCGAAAAUUUGCAGAGUGCUAACAAGAAGAAAACCCCGAAAGUGACGCUGUUCAGCGGCCACGACAAAAACAUAAUAAGCCUUAUGCAGCUAUUGGGCGUGUAUGAUUUGCACUUUCCUGACUUUGGUAGCGCUCUUCUUUUCGAGCUUCUCAGUGAAAAUCAACAGUAUUACGUAAAAAUUUUAUAUUUUCGAGGUCUUCCGGAAGAGACCACAACAAUAACUCUUCCGGGUUGUAAAGCUAUAUGCCCGUUGGAUGAAUUUGUGACUUUGACAAAAAACUUGAAAAUCACUGAUGAAGAGAUGAACUGCAAAAUUAACGUCGAUUCCUAUUUCGGGGAGGACGAUUAGAUUUAAUACCUCAAACACGACACUAACGUAGAUUUUUGGCAGAGCUGUAAAAAAGUAUACUAGCUCGAGCGAUUUAUGAAAUUAAAGAUUUAGGAAAAGUAAGCGAGAAGAGAGGGUCUUUUUUUUGAAUUUGAAUAAUGAGCCUAACUUUCGUCAGGCUACGUAAAAAAAUUGAGUCGAAGACUCUUCAAAUGCUCCCCUCCACGGAAAUCUUUAGUAAAAGGCGAAAGAUUUAUACGUAUGUUGAAGAGGAGCCAGAGAUGACGUUAACAACCCCAUUGCGGCUACUUAUCUGUUGAAGUUGGCAACUUCUCUUGCAGGUCACACGAAACAUGUGGGUUGGCCAUCUGGCGAGCACUAUGGUAAAUUAAUAGGCCUGCGCUGCACGAGCUGGCCGCCGUGCUAUCGCGUAUAGCAUUUUAUCAUGGCCUAUUUACCACGAUGAUGACUGCGCGACUAUUCCGUAGGCAGAUAUAUGUAGGCCACAUUGUGGCAAUUGUCUCGCGAACAGGUGUUGCUCGAUCAGAGAUUUCUUCAAAGUCGUCGAAUGUCGAGCCUAC